GUGUGUGUGUGUGUGUGUGUGUGUGUGUGUGUGUGUGUGUGUGUUACAAAAUGCGCUUUCCAAAGGGCUGAGAGGUGGAUGGGAAUGUUUGCUUUGCUCGUCUGAGAAGAGAAGGGUGCCUGGACCAACUCAUGCUUCUUCUUUAGAAUAAUUUGGAUGGGAUUUGUAAUGCAGAAAAGCGUAAAGAGAAAAGGAUAACCCUCCUUUGUGGUGGCAAGUUUAGGGGGGAAAAAACCACUGCUUUCUUCAAACAAGGGUGGCAUUUUGAUAUUUACGGGGAUCAGUGCUCCCACUAUGAAGGCAUCUGUUAUUGAAGUCUUGCUUGUUUUGCUGGUAACUGGAAUACAUUCAAAUAAAGAAAUGGCAAAGAAGAUUAAAAGGCCCAAAUUUGCUGUGCCUCAGAUCAACUGCGAUGUCAAAGCUGGGAAGAUCAUCAAUCCUGAGUUCAUGGUGAAAUGUCCAGCAGGAUGCCAGGACCCCAAAUACCACGUUUACGGGACUGGCGUCUACGCGUCUUACUCCAGCGUGUGUGGCGCUGCGGUUCACAGUGGUGUGCUGGAUAAUUCAGGAGGGAAAAUUCUUGUCCGGAAAGUCGCCGGGCAGUCCGGGUACAAAGGAAGUUUUGCUAAUGGCGUUCAGUCUUUAUCGCUGCCCAGGUGGAGAGAGUCCUUCAUCAUCUCAGAAAGUAAACCCCAAAAGGGCGUAACCUACCCAUCGGCUCUUACAUAUUCAUCGUCCAAACAUCCAGCUGCCAAAGCAGGUGAGACCACAAAAGCCUAUGAGAGGCCAUCUAUUCCAGGGACCACCACACAGCCUGUCACCCUGACACUGGCUUUAGCUAUCCCAGUAGCUGAGGCUACCCACAGAGCCACAUCAAAGCCAUUCAAAGCAUCUGUAACCAGCAACCCCAGCCCCCUGCCCGCGGGCCACAGGAGCCAGGAGACAGGAGAGAUGGACCUGUGGAGGCCUGGACCAGUCCUUUUGGAUUCAGAAUUUGUGCCAAAAGAAGAACUCAGCACACAGUCUUUGGAGCCAGUGUCCCAGGGAGAUCCCAACUGCAAAGUUGACUUGUCAUUCCUAAUUGAUGGGAGUGCCAGCAUCGGCAAGCGCCGCUUCCGGAUCCAGAAGCAGUUCUUAGCGGACGUCGUCCAGGCUCUUGACGUUGGCCCUGCUGGUCCUCUCGUGGGUGUUGUUCAGUAUGGAGACAACCCUGCUACCCAGUUUAACCUCAAAACCCACAUGAAUUCUCAAGAUCUGAAGACAGCCAUAGAGAAAAUUACCCAGAGAGGAGGCCUUUCUAAUGUAGGCCGCGCCAUCUCCUUUGUAACCAAGAGCUUCUUUUCCAAAGCAAAUGGAAACAGGGGUGGCGCUCCCAAUGUGGCUGUGGUCUUGGUGGACGGCUGGCCCACAGACAAAGUGGAAGAGGCAUCACGAGUUGCAAGAGAGUCGGGGAUUAACGUCUUCUUCAUCUCCGUCGAGGGGGCUGCUGAAAGUGAGAAGCAGUAUGUGAUAGAGCCCAACUUUGCCAGCAAGGCGGUGUGCAGAACGAACGGCUUCUACUCCUUCAACGUGCCGAGCUGGCUCAGCCUUCCUAAGACGGUGCAGCCCCUGGUGAAGCGGGUCUGCGACACAGACCGCCUGGCCUGCAGCAAGACCUGUUUGAACUCGGCCGACAUCGGCUUUGUCAUUGACGGCUCGAGCAGCGUGGGGACGAGCAACUUCCGCACUGUUCUGCAGUUCGUGGCCAACCUCAGCAAGGAGUUCGAGAUCUCGGACACCGACACGCGCAUCGGGGCCGUGCAGUACACCUACGAACAGCGGCUGGAAUUUGGGUUCGACAAGUAUAACAGCAAAGCCGACAUCCUCAGUGCCAUCAGGAGGGUGGGGUACUGGAGUGGAGGUACCAGCACGGGGGCUGCCAUCCAGUAUGCCCUCGAACAGCUCUUCAAGAAGUCCAAACCCAACAAGAGGAAGGUAAUGAUUCUUAUCACCGACGGCAGGUCCUACGACGACGUGAGGAUCCCAGCCAUGGCUGCCUACCAGAAGGGGGUGAUCACGUAUGCCAUAGGCAUCCAAUGGGCUGCUCAGGAGGAGCUGGAGGUGAUUGCCACGCACCCGGCCAGGGACCACUCCUUUUUUGUGGAUGAGUUUGACAACCUCUACAAAUUCGUCCCCAGGAUCAUCCAGAAUAUCUGUACAGAGUUCAACUCACAGCCUCGGAACUGAGUUUGGAGCAGACAGUUGGCCACCUUACUGAUUCUUGGGACGAUCCCCCAGCAUUAUCCCUCUUUCUGGGGCAUAAGAAGAGGGCAGAGCUCUGGUAGGCCUUGGGGAAAUGCAUGCGUUGUUACUAUCCUUUGCUGUUUGUGGUUUAAAUGCUUCGAAGUCUGCCUGUAAAAAGCUGCCCAUCAAGUUGAAGGUUGGGUCCAAAAGCUGCACUGUUUUGCAUGUGCUGAAGAAUUCACAUUUUGACAGUUGUACAUUCUGUGGGAUGUUCUGUAUGUCAAAUGUGUUGCUCUGGUGGG